UGAUCGUCGCACGUGAAAGGCGCAAUGCAUCCGAAGACGUAGUGCGAUGUUGGGGCCGAUGAUUCCAGGGCUCUCGACUACUAUACACUGUGGUAAUUUCAAACCGAAAAGGUCAUGUCGCAAUCCUACGCAGAGAGCCUCCUGAGCCCCUCUGGAUCAGCCGACGAUCAGAUACCUGCAUCCUCUACUGCUAUUGAGAUUCCAUCGAAUAGCACGAGUGCAGGUGCGCAGAGGAAGCCUCGAGUCGCCUUGGCCUGCAAGAGAUGCAAGCGGAGAAAGCAACGAUGCGACGGCGCGCGUCCAGUAUGCAGGUCGUGCGAACGAGCUGGCGUAGCUUGUGCAUACGAGAGAACCCUGCGGCCCCAAUACCCUGGUGGCAAGUCGGCGUAGGUCCUUUACCCAAAUGCUUUUUUAAAAAUUUAUGUGUUGGGUAUCUGACUAACUAGUCAGUUAUAU